CUUUGCUUAUUUGCCUCUCUCAUUUCCACAACCACAACAUAAAGAUUCUAGCAAAACCCUAAUCCUCAAAUCUUGAAUAUCCCCAAAAUUUUCCAUCGCCACAGUCCACACAGACUCAGAAAAUGGCCAAAAAGAAAGUGACCCACCAAUCCAAAGACCACCACCACCACCAACAACAACAACAACAACCCAAACCGCAAGAAGAAGCUCCUCAAAACCCACAGAACAGAGUCACCACCGAUUCCGCCGCCGCCGCCAUAGCCGUCGCCAUGGACGACUCUUCGGAGAAGCUCCAGAGCCUCAAGUCCCUCAACGCCCGCCUUCUCAAGGAGACGUUCGAGGGCAGGCAACAGAUUGAUUCCUUGGUCAAAGCCAAGGAGUCUCUCGACGCCGAGUUGACUCGGGCCGGUCUUGAGAAGAAGGUUCUGUCGGCUGAGUUGACUCGGGCGAGUGAGGAGAGUGUUGGGUUGGAGCUGGAGAAGGGCGUGUUUGGUGUUUACGUGGAGGCCCAGAUAAGAGAGAGAGAAUUUGAGAUUGGGUCUCUGAAGAGGGAAGUGAGGGAGCUCUUGGGUUGUAUUGAAAAUGAGAGGGAAAAGUUGGUUAGGGUUUGUGAGGAGAGGGAUGUUCUGAGGAGGGAUUUUGAUGGUCUGGUUUCGGAGGCAAAUGGGUUGAGGGAGAAAGUGAGGGAAACGGAGAAAAGAGAGAGGUUGGUGAAGGAGGAAGUUGAGAAACUGAGAGCGCAAUGUGAAGGAAUUUUGAAGGAGAAGGAGGAGAGAAAAGGAGCUGUUGAGGGGCUGAAGAAGGAGAAGGUUUUGGCUGAGAGGAAUUUGGUGGAGUCGGAGAGAUUGGUUGAGAAGUUGAAGAGCGAGAAUGUGAAGAUUUCGAGCGAGAAGAAUGAGGCUGAGAGAAUUAGAAGUGGAUUGGCGCAACAAAUUGGUGCGUUGGAGAAGGAAGUGGGGGAGAAGAAUGGGAUUGUGUCGGGUUUGAGAGGCGAGGUCGGAGUGUUGCGAGGGAAGAUUUUGGGGUUGGAGAAGGCUGUUGGUGAUGGAAGGAAGGGGGCUGAGAGGAAGUUGGCGGAGUCGAAUAGACUGGUGGAGAAGUUACAGAGCGAGAGAGAAAAGAUUUCGAGUGAGAAGAGUGAAGCUGAGCGGAUUAAAGGAGAGCUUGAAGUACAAAUUGGUGUGUUGGAAAAGGAAGUGGGGCAAAAGAAUGAGAUUGUCUUGGAUUUACUGCGAGAGGUGGAAGUGAUGCGAGCGAAGAUUUCGGUGACGGAGAGUUUUAUUAGUGAGGGAAUGAAGGAGAUGGAGAGGGAGGUUAAGUCAUUGAAGGAAGAGAAGGAAAAGAGUAUUGAGAAGUUGCAUUCGCAGUUAUAUGUAGUAGAGUUGGCUUUGAAGAUGACUACUAUGGAAGCAAAUGAUAAGGAGCUAAGGAUCGAAGAGCUAAUUCGAAAGAAGAGCGAGAUUGAGGAGGGGAAAGCUAAUCAAGAGAGUGAAAUUGUUGCGUUGCAUAACGAAGUAGGCGACCUAAGGGACGCUCUGUUCGCAUUGCGAAACUCGUGCAGAGAUUAUGAGGAAAACAACAAGCAACUGCUCUCUGAAGUAGGUCACUACAAGGAUACUUUUGACCGGGUCACUCUUGAGAGGAAUGAGGCUCAAAAGGCUUUUAACGAGGAAAGGAAGAAUGCGGUACACUUGAAGUUGGUUAUCUCUGAAAAGGAGAAAAGGGUUCAAGAAUUCACAGUGGAGUUGCGCGGUUUGAAGGACGAGCGCAAGAGCCUGCUUGACAAUGCUAAAACAGCUGAGGGCCGGUUGGGAUCAUUGGUGAAGGAAAGAGAUUCGGCGCAGAAGAGCCUUCUUGAGGCGAAGAGCAGAAUGGAGGAAUGGAAAGCCAAAGUGGAAUCAGCAGGGGGCAACUACGAGAAGGCGCUAGCAAUGUUGAAGACAACCGCAUCAAUGAUUUCGUCUUCUCAAUCGGAACAUGGCAAGAGAGAAUUGGUCAACAAUGAAGAGAAGCUAGAAGAAGAGGUUCAGCCGUACGUUUCGGAGUUGGAAGCUAUCCAAAAUGCUUUCAGGAACAAGGAGAAGGCGGUGGAAGACAUGAAGAAACAAGUGGAGUCGUUGAAGCGCGCCGAGGCAGAGGCACACAAGAAGAAAAGCUUUUGGGCCUUGGUCUCAUCAGCAAUAACCAUUUUCGCCGCAGCUUCUGUUGCAUAUGUUGCCAAGGCACGUUGAGUGGGGCUUGGUUCACUAAUCAAUUUUUGGUACUAUGACUCAAUUUUAGUUGCUUUUGGUGCAAGUAAUCAAGGUCUGCUUGAUGACACAAUGAUGCUGUUUGGUCCUUUUAAGAGCUAGUUAAUUUCGAAAAUAAUGUCUUUGUUACCGGAUUAUAAUCUCCAAAGGAUGUACUGACGGGCCUUUUUUUUUUUUUUGUUAUAUAAGCCUAAAAACUAUCUGUUCGGUGUAGUUUUUGAAUUCUGAAAUAUGCAGAUUUCAGAAUUCUUGAUGAAGCUAGCUUGUUCUCUUUCCUUUACUUUUUUACUCUAUUUUUUAUUUUGAUUGCAUUGUUGCUCUUGGAGUUGGCCGUAUGUUCUUUAUAUGCUUUUGAUGUGUUCAAAACUAUGAUUGAAACGUACAGGAAAU